UCACUUUUGGGAAUUCUGAUUGCGGUGUUGUGCUGUGAAAAUGGGACAAAACCAAAGCGGAUCCGGUGGCGGUGGGAAAGACGGGGCAGACAAGGAGAAGAAGAAAUAUGAACCCCCAGUGCCGACCCGAGUGGGGAAAAAGAAGAAACGCGCAAAGGGACCGGUUGCUGCCUCGAAACUGCCAUUGGUCACUCCACAUGCCCGGUGUCGGCUCAAGCUCCUGAAACUCGAGCGAAUAAAGGACUACCUCUUGAUGGAGGAAGAAUUCCUAAGGAAUCAGGAGCGGCUCAAGCCCCAGGAGGAGAAACAUGAAGAGGAAAGAUCAAAGGUCGAUGACCACCGUGGCUCGCCCAUGUCGGUGGGAACCCUGGAAGAGAUCAUCGAUGACAAUCAUGCCAUCGUAUCCACGUCGGUCGGAUCGGAACACUACGUCUCGAUACUGUCUUUCGUGGACAAGGAUCAACUCGAGCCCGGCUGCUCCGUGCUCCUGAACCAUAAGGUCCACGCGGUCGUGGGUGUUUUGUCGGACGACACCGACCCGAUGGUGACUGUUAUGAAGCUCGAGAAGGCUCCGCAGGAGACAUACGCGGACAUCGGAGGACUUGAUCAGCAGAUCCAGGAAAUCAAAGAAUCCGUCGAGUUACCGUUGACCCACCCAGAGUACUACGAGGAAAUGGGCAUCCGACCCCCGAAAGGCGUCAUCCUCUACGGGCCGCCAGGGACCGGGAAAACUCUUCUCGCUAAGGCCGUGGCCAACCAGACGUCGGCAACUUUCCUGAGAGUCGUGGGCUCGGAGCUAAUUCAAAAGUAUCUCGGAGACGGUCCGAAACUGGUCCGUGAACUCUUCAGGGUUGCGGAGGAGCACGCGCCGAGCAUUGUAUUCAUCGACGAAAUCGAUGCUGUAGGGACGAAGCGGUACGAUUCCAACUCGGGUGGCGAGCGAGAAAUCCAAAGAACGAUGUUGGAGCUUCUGAAUCAGUUGGAUGGGUUCGAUUCGCGAGGCGAUGUCAAAGUGGUUAUGGCAACGAAUCGCAUCGAAACUCUCGACCCAGCCCUAAUCCGGCCGGGUAGAAUCGACAGGAAAAUCGAAUUCCCCCUCCCAGAUGAGAAGACCAAGAGGAGAAUUUUCACCAUCCACACCGCUAGGAUGACUCUGGCCGGAGACGUGGCUGUAGACGAGCUCGUCAUGGCGAAAGACGACCUAUCGGGUGCCGACAUCAAGGCCAUCUGCACCGAGGCCGGGCUGAUGGCGCUACGUGAAAGGAGAAUGAAGGUGACCAACGAAGAUUUCAAGAACGCCAUUCUCUUGGCGAAGAAGAAAGCCCUCAAUACAGCCGGCGACAUUCUGAUCAAAGGAGCUACCAAUCUGCGCGGAGCAACUCAGCAAGAACAGAUGGGUCGUCGAGUUUGUCCAGACUUCCACUCCGAAUUGCUUUCGAUGCGUCAAGCCUGGAGGCUAAGGAAAGCCGGCAAUUCUAUUCUUGGUGAUAUUAGUUACAAGAGCGCUGGCUCCCGCUUCUGGCAGUCGGGGACGUUCGAAGUCGCUAAAAGUGCCCACGCGAUGGCCAUGUACCAAGGCGAUCACUCCCAAGGACCGGAACCGCAGCGACCCCCGAGCUCUGUGAAAAUCACCCUCCCUAGUGAACUGGAAGGCAUCAGCUACAUCCAAGUCACCAUUCAGAAAGACACGGAAACCAUCGCCAGCGGUCAGCUUUCGAUAAAUCUCCCUCAGGACGCCUUCUCAAACGCGGACACUCCGUGGCAACAAAGAUUAGAAGCUGCGCAGAACGUACUUUUUUGCAAUGAACUCUUCGCUCAGCUGGCUCGCGAAGCCGUGCAAUUACAGCCGUCGAUUCCUAAUCUCGUCGUAGGGAACCAAAUAACUAGUUCGCUGUUCCCGGGAGUGCAACUGUCCAUCGGACUGUGCCACCGGACCCUGAACGAUCGCAAGGUUCAAGCACCACAAUCCCGUCUCGAUCACAAGCACGUCUUGGAACAUUCCCUGCAUCAGCUUCUCCGUGAAUACCAUUACAACAUGCUGCACCAUGCGAUGCCGCAUCCUGCCAGCGCCCCGCUGGGUCUGAACAAAAGGCAGAGGCUCGCUGGUCCAGAAGCUUUCGAUCGACACACAAUCAUGGACAUGUCGAAAAACGAAACUAUCCUCGAGAAAAUCAUCGCGCAAACCCAACACGUAGUACUCCGGCUCCGCACGAUGUACAUGAUCGAUCAAUACGCCUGUGAAAUCAAAGAUCCCCUGAUCGUCGCUCAUUGGGUUGCGAUGUUCUCACCCACCCACAACUCCGUGAAAGUGAAACUUGUUUCUCAUGGUUACGAAACAAUGUGUAGAACACCCCUCGUGAUCCACGUAGGCGAGAAGAGCCUCAAGGCUGUUUUGAGGGACGGAAGAGUCAUCAAGCUUAGUUAUGAGCCUCCAGAACUGCGUUUCUUGCUGAUGUCCCAAGUCGCUCAACAUCAAGUAAAUGCCGUUCAGACUCUGGCUAAGUACGUUGGCUGGAAAGUUCUCUCCACUUGUGGUUCCGUGGGCGUUGGGGGAGUAGAGCCUCUCGGCAACGCUAGCUCGGUGGUCAUGGCAUCUCCCAAUGGUGAAAAAAUUCUAGCCGUUCGAGUGAGUCCUGGGGCCGGCGUGAAAGUGUCUCUAUCAUCCUGCCCGCAGCAGCAGGACUUCUAUCCAUCGUCUCUCGUGAAAGAUCGCAAGUGGCAUCUGCUGAACGGUCCUUUCAAAGAGGUGUCCCUCGAGCGAAUGCAGGGCAAGACUUUCCUGAACAAAAUGGAACAUCUCAUGGCGGCGUUGACCACGUCGUAGUCUCCCAGGAGAAUUUGUCGUGUAGAGCACUACAUUGUAUGUAAAAUGUGAAUAUACCGUCUCGGUGCUUCGGUAAAUGUACAGGCAGCGCUAGAAGGUGUAAAAUUUAUCAUUUUCGAAUCGCAGAAAUGUCUCUCUGUGAAUAAAAAAUGUUUAGGUCAC